AUGUCUUUCAACCGCAUUGCUGUCUAUGGCCAUCGCGGCUUCGUUGCCUCCCGAGUUGUCCCUGCUCUGAUUGCUUCAGGAGCGCCAAUUACUAUCCAAGUCGACGUUCUUGACCAAGACGCUUUGGUUGCUGCCUUGCAAGACAUCGAUAUUGUUCUUUCUCUUGUUGGAGACGAGGGUACCGACAGACAGUAUGGCUUUGUGAAAGCCAUCCCCUGGACCAAUGUCAAGCUUUUCGUCCCGUCGGACUUUUGUCUGCGAUAUUGUGAGCAGGGGAUGCGUAUGCCCUGUAUGAAGGCAAAAGCAAACGUCGAAAAGGCUUCCAAGGAUGCUGGAAUUCCAACCUCGGUCGUCCACAUGGGAAACUCUGCUGAAUUCACCUUGAACACACUGGCGGUGGGCAUUGACUUGCAAAACAACGUAUUGGUCUAUACUGGCAACUCUGCCAAUGAAAGAGUUACUAUGUGUACAAUGCGUUACGUAGCAGCUGCAUACGUCAACAUAUUCACCACCAGACCCAUUCACACUAUCCAGAACCGGACCUUCACUUUGUCAGAGCUUGCACCGACAGGCAUGGAGAUAGCCGCGGUUAUGAAAGAGAAGAACGGCAGAGAGCCUUCUAUUUCUACACGAAGCCUAGAUGAGAUCAACCAGACAAUCGAGGGUCAUAUCAGCAACGAGAGUAAUCUGGCUGUCCCGUCGUAUUGCCGCAAGAUGUGGGGAACCGGCGAAAUGAUGAAGAUGCUUCCCGAUGAUUUGUGGCAAGUCAAGGACUACAAGAAAGCAACUCUACAGGAUCUUGUCCUUCGGGGGGAAUUGGAAAGCUACAGAGCGCUGCCUGAUCAGGUAUUGGAAUUGCUUAGAAGGAUUCUCUGA